CCGGCUCGCUGACAGCGCUUCAGGAUCAGACGUUGGAAUCUCGUCAGACUGCAAGUCCACGAAGCGGCGAUCUGCUGCUGCUGCUCUCCUCGACCCCUCCGCCUCCCCGCAACAAACCACGACACACGCGGCCGGCCGGAGCGAUGGCCGUCGUGCCGGAAGAUGCCGCGCCUGCAGCCGACUCCCCCGCCCCGACCGGCUCUACCGCCGGUUCUAGUGAUAAUGAGAUAACAGUGGAGGAAACCUCUUUUGUGCAUACUGAACCUCAACAAGAUGGCAGUGCACCACCUGUGGUUACCACUGAUAUGGAAGUUCUCCACGAUAAAGUCAAGAAACAAGUCAUUAAGGAAGGCCAGGGGAAGGUGCCCUUAAAAUUUUCUACAUGCUUUGUGCAUUAUAGAGCAUGGGUUCAAAGCUCUGUGCAUAAAUUUGAGGAUACUUGGCAAGAACAGCAUCCAGUUGAAAUUGUCAUUGGGAAAGAGAAAAAGCAAAUGACUGGUUUGGGCAUUGGUGUUGGUAACAUGAGAAGAGGCGAACGUGCGUUGUUGCAUGUUGGCUGGGAGCUAGGCUAUGGGAAAGAAGGAAGCUUUUCAUUUCCGAAUGUCCCUCCAACGGCAGAUCUGAUAUAUGAAGUUGAACUCAUUGGCUUUGAUGAUGCUAAAGAGGGGAAAGCCCGCAGUGACAUGACGGUAGAAGAGAGGAUUGAAGCAGCAGAUAGGAGGAAGCUUGAGGGUAACGAUUACUUCAAAGAGAAGAAAUUUGAUGAGGCCAUGCAGCAAUAUGAGAUGGCUGUUGCAUAUAUGGGAGAUGAUUUCAUGUUUCAGCUGUUUGGGAAGUACAGGGAUAUGGCUUUGGCUGUGAAGAACCCCUGCCAUCUCAACACAGCUGCAUGCCUAAUCAAACAAAAAAGAUUUGAUGAAGCUAUUGCACAAUGUAGCAUCGUGUUAUCAGAGGAUGAAACCAACGUGAAAGCACUGUUCAGACGGGGUAAAGCUAAAGCCGAGCUCGGUCAGACAGAAGCAGCAAGGGAAGACUUCCUGAAAGCCAAGAAGCACUCCCCGGAAGACAAGGAGAUCCUGCGGGAGCUCCGUUUGCUCGCCGAGCAAGAUAAAGUCAUGUACCAGAAGCAGAAGGAGCUCUACAAAGGUCUCUUCGGGCCGAGGCCUCAGCCCAAACCCAAGACCACGAAUCCCCUUCUUGUCUUCUGGCAGUGGCUCGUGUCACUGAUUAGUUAUCUUGCUAAGAUGUUCACACGCAAGAACGACUAGCAAUCUAGCACGAUCGGCCUAGUGUGUACAAGUGUGACGGAGACACUGAAAAUCCUGAUGAUAUAUCUGUUAAGAGAACCCCACUUUAUCCUUUGUUACUUAA